AUGGCGAGCUAUCUGUACACCGCCUACCCCCCCUACUCCUACCGCUACCCACCGCCCAAGGGUAAAGGAGGAGCGGCGGGAGGCUGGCGGCCGCGGGGCAGCAGCUACUUCCCGGGCUACGGGGAGGCGGCCGCCGAGUACUUCGACAACUACCAGCGGGCACAGCUCAAGGCCAUCCUCUCCCAGGUCAACCCCAACCUGACGCCGCGGCUCCGCAAGGCCAACACCAAGGAGGUGGGCGUCCAGGUGAACCCGCGGCAGGACGCCUCGGUGCAGUGCUCGCUCGGACCCCGCACGCUGCUGCGCCGCCGCCCCGGGCCCGCCGCGCCGCGGCCCCGUGAGGCGGAGCGGGGGCAGGAGCUGGGCAGCCCCGCCACCACCAGCACCCGUGCCGUGCGCUUCCCUCGCACCAUCGCCGUCUACUCGCCCGUGGCGUCCCGCAGACUCACCGCCUUCCUGGAGGAGCCGGGCCCGGAGCCGGAGCGGCGGCCGCAGCAGCAGGACAAGGCGGCGGCCGUCGAGGAGGAGCCGGUCGCGCUGCGGGAGCAGCGGGAGGCGGAGGCGGCAGCCACCCGCCUGCGUUUCCAGUUCCUGGAGCAGAAGUAUGGGUACUACCACUGCAAGGCCUGCAACAUCCGCUGGGAGAGCGCCUAUGUUUGGUGCGUCCAGGGCACCAACAAGGUCUAUUUCCGUCAGUUCUGCCGAACCUGCCAGAAGUCCUACAACCCGUACCGCGUGGAGGACAUCACCUGCCAGAGCUGCAAGCAGACGCGGUGCACCUGCCCCGUGAAGAUGCGCCACGUGGAUCCCAAGAGGCCCCACCGCCAGGACCUCUGUGGGAGAUGCAGAGGGAAACGCCUCUCCUGCGAUAGCACAUUCAGUUUCAAAUACAUCAUCUGA